UGCCGCUUGUGUCAUUAUUCAAGUUUGUUUGUAAUUCUGUUCGCAAGACGCAAACCACAACGCAGCAUACGUUUUAGCUCCUCUCUUGUUCGUCGGAAUUAAUUUUACAUAUAUAUUCUAACGUAUAAUUGUACAAUAGUGAAGAAUUGGUUUAUUCUAUAAUGGCUCGUAAUGCAGAAAAGGCAAUGACUACUUUGGCACGAUGGCGUGCGGCCAAGGAAGCAGAAACCGGCAAAAACGAACGUCGCCCGUACCUGGCAUCCGAGUGCCGCGAUUUGGGAAAAUGCGAGAGGUGGCGACUGGAAAUCAUUCGCGAAAUUUCCAAAAAAGUGGCGCAAAUUCAAAACGCUGGUUUGGGCGAGUUCCGAAUAAGAGACUUGAACGACGAAAUAAACAAACUGCUUCGUGAAAAGCGUCACUGGGAAAAUCAAAUUUCGGAUUUGGGUGGCCCACACUACCGGCGGUAUGGACCGAAAAUGUUUGACGCGGAGGGUCGAGAAGUUCCUGGCAAUCGUGGCUACAAAUACUUCGGUGCAGCCAAGGAUUUACCCGGGGUUCGGGAGCUGUUUGAGCAGGAACCACCGCCGCCCCCGAAGAAGACUCGUUCCGAACUGAUGAAGGAUAUCGAUGCUGAUUACUACGGCUAUCGGGACGACGAUGACGGAAUUCUUUUGCCCCUGGAAGAGAAAGCUGAGAAACAGGCAAUACAGAAAGCAGUGACAGAAUGGAAGGAAAGCCAACUUAGCGGCGAGCGGAAGGAACAGGACCAAGAAGAAGAUAUCUACGGGUCUGAUGCCAGAAUCUGUUCCGAUGCGGAAAGACAACAGAAAGACGAUCCGAUGGGACUACUCGGGCCGAGGUUUACCGCACACGUUCCAGUUCCCAGCCAAAAGGAUAUCGAAGAAGCGUUACUGCGAAAACGGAAACUGGAACUGAUGAAAAAAUACGGUAUCGAGGACGAUGAGGACAUGUAGGAUAGACGUUUCAUGACACAAAAGAAAAACAAUCGCUUAAUAACACAAUACGUUGCACAUUUUA